AAGGCGGCCAGACAGCGCGUGGCCUUUCCGCCACCUUCCAGAGUUCCUUGCGCAUGCGCUCCACCUAUUUGGCGCCAGGGUGGGCGAGGCGAUCGCCCAACGGGCGGCAGUCAAAUUAGCGAUUACGGACUGGGUGUUCUUGCAGCCCUUUGAGAGGACUGUAACCUGCGAAAUUCUCAGUCUGACUAUGGCUCUGCUGUUGCUUGUGGGGAAAUGAUGUAGCCUGUGCGUUUCAGUUUCUUCCCAAGGCCACCACACGGCAGGCAGCACAAACUUCCCCAAAGCCAGCAGCUGGGGAGAGACGAGGUUGCUGCAGUGCCCCCACCAGGGACCGAAACUCAGCGGCCCGCUUGCCACGCGGCGACCUCGGCAUCAGGCCGCGGGGCGUGGGACGAAGCAGGGCCCGGAAGUUUCCAGAACCGCUCCUCGAGCCGGCGGAAGGGCGGGUCGGCCUCCGUCCCGCCUCUGCGCACGCGCGCCGGCGUCGAGUGGGCGUGGCGUGGGGCGGCGCGCUCCUGCCUCCGUGGUCGCUCCGCCUUGGGCGCUCCGCCGGGUCUCCAUGGCGACGGGACGCGGCCGACUCCUGCUGCAGCACUGGCGCGGCCUCCAGGCGCUGCAUUGGCCGCCGGGCGGCGUCGGCGCGGCCCCGGGGCUGGCCGGGGAGGCCCCCGGGCCCGCGGGGUUCAGGAAGAGACCGGGCACCAGUUAUGCAGGCACUGCCGCCCUGAAGCAGUGCGCUAGGCGAGGAAGGCACUACAAGCAGCCGUCUGCUGACCAUUCUGCAUCUCUGGAAAGUAUGCCUUCAGAAAUCUUGCUGAAGAUCUUUUCCUACCUGGAUGCUGUGACCCUGCUGUGUACUGGAUGUGUGAAUAGGCGCUUUUACCAUCUGGCCAAUGACAAUUUUAUUUGGAUCAGAAUCUAUUCAACUGCCUUUUCACCUAAAAUAUCUAAUUGGCAAGUUAAUUCAGCAGAGAAGACCCCUGUAUCUAUGAACUUACUGUCGGUUGAGGAUAAAGAAGCUGGAUAUUGGAAGAAAGAAUAUAUUACAAAGCAAAGAGCAUCUGUAAAAGCAGCGCUAGCGCGGGUUCUCAAACCUGUCAACCCUUACACAGGCCUUCCAGUUAAAACCAAAGAGGCCCUCAGAAUAUCUGGUUUAGGUUGGGUAAUUAUAUUGAAAGAAAAAAAUGGAAAAGAAUACAUCAUGCAGCACAUUGACCUUUUGAUAAAUGAUUCAUCAGUGACAAUUAUAUGGUAUGGCAGAAACUGGCCACAGCUAGCCACAUUGUCAACCUUAGAUUUGUGUGGUGUGACGCCAGUUUUUAUGGACCGGUCUAAACCCCCCUCCAAAAAUGGACCUCGGUGGCUUUCUUUAAUUGCAAAGUACAAUCUGAGUAACUUAACUGAAUCCACCAUGAUUGGCUGGGACAGACUCAUUCGGAUCUUCUGUCUACACCCAGGCCUCCUGGUGGGGCUGUGGAAGAGGGAGGAAGAACUGGCUUUUGUUAUGGCAAAUCUUCAUUUCCAUCACCUUGUGGAGAAGAGCACAUUAGGCUCAGCCACUGUCCCCUACGAGCUACCUCCUCAUACUCCUCUUUUGGAUGACAACCCGGAGUAUGGACUACAUGGCUACCAGCUGCAUGUUGAUAUGCACAGCGGUGGAGUUUUCUACCUGUGUGGUACAUUUCGCAAUCUCUUUACCAAGAAAGGAUCCAUUGAAAAUGGAUAUGUGAAGCUUGUUGUUAUACGUUUUAAAAAUAACACAGAACACCUACCUCUUAUUGGAAAAGUUGGCCUUUCUUGGAGAACUGAUGUUUUCAGUGGCUGCAUAAAGAGUUGUUCUAUAAUGGAUAUAACUCUUUUGGACGAAUAUGGGAAACCCUUUUGGUGUCUCAGUUCCCCUGUUUGCAUGAGAUCUUCUGUGCCCUCUGAUGGCCCUAACUUCUUGGGACAGACUUACUGUGUUGACUAUGUGGACUCGGAAGGCAAAGUGCACGUGGAGCUGGUGUGGAUCAAAGAGACAGAAGAAUACUUCAUCGUGAGCCUGGUCCUUUACCUGAAGAUAGCAAAAAUAAACCACUGGUUUGGGACAGCAUACUAAGUAUUGCCUGGGGGUGGCAAAAUAUUUCUGCUGUUUGUUUAUUUUGAACUAACUGGUUUUGUUCUUGGUGUUGGAAAUUGAAAUAAAGCAGUUAUCUGUU